UUUAUAUUGUGACAGUAAAAAGAUCCAUGGAGACCGGCGUGAAAACUGAUACGCAGAGGCUGGGGGCGUCUCUCCCUGUGCCUAGCGUCCAGCAGAUGGCGAAGGAGAACCCCGCCGUGAUUCCAAGCCGUUAUGUACGCGAGGGUGGGAAGGGAGAAUCUCCGGCACCGGCCGAGCCAUGUUCCGCCUCCGAUGUGCCGGUGAUUGACCUACAAAAGUUGCUCUCUGAGGAGUGGGGAGAUUCGGAACUUCAGAAGUUGCACUUUGCCUGCAAAGAUUGGGGUUUCUUUCAGCUAAUAAAUCAUGGAGUUGAGUCUUCACUGAUUGAGAAAGCAAAACAUGAGGUUCAAAAUCUCUUUAAUCUGCCAUUGGAAGAAAAGAAGAAGUAUGAGAAGGUGGCAGGGGAAGCACAAGGAUUUGGUCAACUCUUUGUUGUAUCUGAAGAGCAGAAGCUUGAUUGGGCAGAUCUGUUUUACCUAAGAACCCUACCACCCCAUAUAAGAUCACCUCACCUUUUUCCUAUACUACCAGAGGUUUUCAGGGAUACUGUGGAAGCAUACUCAUUAGAAGUGCAUAAGCUUGCCAUGAAGGUUCUAAGUCUUGUAGCACAAAAUUUGGGAAUAGAACUCGAAGAAAUGAGAAUGGUUUUCGAAGAAGGAAUGCAGUCAAUUAGGAUGAACUAUUAUCCACCAUGUCCUCAACCAGAGCUUGUUAUGGGUCUUAGCCCACACUCUGAUCCAGGUGGCUUAACUAUACUCCUUCAAGUGAAUGAAACAAAUGGUCUUGAGAUUAAAAAGGAUGGAGUUUGGAUUCCCAUUGUGCCACUUCCAAAUGCCUUCAUUGUUAAUGUUGGGGAUUCUCUAGAGAUAUUUACAAAUGGAGCUUAUCGCAGCAUUGAACAUAGAGGAAUAGUAAGUAGAGACAAGGAGAGGAUAUCUAUUGCAACAUUUCUGAGCCCAAGGUUGGAUGGUGAGUUAGGUCCAGCUAUCAGCCUUAUCACCCCACAAAACCCACCAAAAUUCAAGAGAGUUACUGUGACUGAGUUUUUUCGUUUGUUUUUUGGACGAAAGCUUGAUGGGAAAUCACAAGUGGAUGCCUUUAGAUUGGUCAAUUAAUGACUAUGAUGAGAAGUACAAUUAAUAAUGUUAUUACUUUUUACUUUAAUUUGUCUUUUUCAUGGAAACAUGGACUACAUGUGGAAACAUAUAUAAGGAUAAAAACAUUGUUUUCAUGCAUGUAGUCCAAGACUCUGCAAUAAUUGUGGCGGAUUGGCAACCAAAACCUUAAAUAAUGUAUCUGCAUUUCCUCUAAAUUUUAUUUUCUUUCCCAUU